UAAGAGGGUUAGGUUUAGGGCGAGAGGUUGACGGAAGCGUAGCGAUCAUGGCGACGCUGGUGGCGGGGUCUUACGAGAAGUUCAUCUGGGGGUUCUCCUUCCACCCCGAAGCUCCAACCUUGAAGUCCCUAUUCUCCUACCCCUCCCACACCGCCCCUAUCAAGUCCGUCGCCGCCUCCGGCCCCAUAGCUGCUUCUGGCGGCGCCGAUGACUCCAUCAAGCUCUACGACCUGUCCUCCGCCACCGAGGUCGGUACCCUCCUCGACCACAACGGCGCGGUCACCGCGCUUGCCUUCUACACACCGCCCUCCUCCCCCGCCGGCCUGCCCCGCAACCUUCUCUCCGCCUCCGACGACGGCGCCGUGUGCAUCUUCGAUGCUGAUCCUUUCGUGCACCUGAAGUCCAUCAACGUCCACCGAAAGGGCGUAACGGACCUGGCAGUCCACCCGUCCGGCCGCGCUGCGAUUACUGUCGGCCGGGACUGUUCCCUAGCGCUGAUCAAUCUUGUGAGGGGUCGGCGGAGCUUCUCGUGUCGGCUUGAUCGCGAGGCCUCGAUCGUGAGGUACGAAUGCGGAGAUGGGGGAAGAUUCUUCAUGGUUUCGGAGGAAAGGAUUACUGUGCAUGAUUCGGAGGACGCGAAGAUGAUCCAUGAAUUGAACGGACAGAAGAGGGUCCUCUGUGUCGCUCCUGGCGAGAAUGGAGUGCUGUUUACUAGUGGAGAGGACCGCUGCAUCACUGCUUGGGAUACAGCAAGUGGGAAAAAUGCAUAUAGCAUUGAAAAUGCCCAUCAAACUCGUGUGAAAGGACUCGUCGUUUUGAAAAAUGGAAGCAUGUCAGACACAUCCGGAGAAUCAAAUCUGAUUGCUUCUGCAUCAUCUGAUGGUGUAAUACGCGUAUGGGAUGCUAGGAUGAUUGCCAAAGAUAAACCAAAUCAUUUGGCUGAGGCUGAUACAAAAUCCAGACUAACUUGUCUUGCUGGAUCAUCUAAGAAAUCAAUGGCUCAUUAGAUAAAUGACUGUUUACUCGACUGACAUGCAAUCCAAUGACUGGACACAUCAAACAAGUUUAUUCCACUGAUCAAUCGGGUGCCAGAGUGUAUCUCUAUUCAAAUACGGAUUCUCUGAGCAUGCUGUUGGUUCUUCUGCAUUGGCUUAUUGCACAACUCGUCUUCAAUGAACAUCGAGCGACUACAAGUUACAACUUCUUUUCCUAGAAAUAUUUGUUUUUGGUGCUGUAUAAGAGCUCUCUGUUUGUGGAACAAAUUAUUUGCUUGGAUGUCUCUUAAAUAUUUAUUUCAUACCCAAUCUAAAGAAGCUAUUAAUUAUUGUUUCUGAA